AUGGUCCAAAAAGACGAAAAAAUCGCCAUUCUCGGCGCCGGUAUCACCGGACUCUACAUUGCCUACAUUCUUACCGAAAAAGGCUACUCCAACAUCCACAUGACCGCCCAGUAUCUUCCCGGAGACACGUCUAUCGACUACACGUCUCCCUGGGCCGGUGGCAAUUUCUGCGCCAUUUCUGGCUCCGAUCCCGCCACCCUGGUGUACGACAAAGAGACCUAUCUCGGCCUGGCUCCCAUUUUCGACACCUGGGGUGCCGCCAAGGGGUUUGAGCGGCUCCCUAUCACCGAAUUCUGGGACUUUGAGCCCCCCAAACAGAAAAUUGAGUCUCUCAAAACCUACCUCAAGGACUUUCAAAUUCUCCCCUCUUCCGAGCUUCCCGAGGGCGCCAAGUUUGGCGUGCGGUACCUCACCUACAACUUCAACUGUCCGGUUGUUCUGGUAAGUUUCAAAAAGUACCUCGAGUCCAAGGGCGUCACGUUUGAGCGAAAGACCGUGCAGAACCUCAGCGACGCGUUCGGAGACGCCAAGGUGCUGUUCAAUGCAACUGGUCUGGGAGCUCGAACACUGGGCGAGGUCGAAGACAAACGGUGCUUCCCUACGCGGGGUCAGGUGGUUGUGGUGCGGGUCCCUUCUGUGAAGGAGAACCGGGUGCGGUGGGGCACGGACUACGCGACCUACAUUAUUCCCCGGCCCGGCUCUGGAGGUCACGUGGUGUGUGGAGGAUUCCUGCAGAAGGAUCGGUACACUGCGUCCACGUUUGGCGAGGAGGCCGAGGAUAUUAUUCGACGAACCACACAGCUUAUGCCCGAGCUCAAGGGCGCGGAGAUUGUGCGGGACGCUGCUGGUCUGCGCCCUUCUCGAGAGGGUGGAGUUCGGAUUGAGCGGCAGGUGGAUCUGCAGGGUCGGACCAUUAUCCACGACUAUGGUGCUGGAGGAGCUGGUUACCAGAGUGGCUAUGGUAUGGCCAAGCAUGCCAUUAGUUUGAUGGAGUGGGACAGUAAGUUGUAA